CGUACUUAAAAGCUAUCGAAAAAAUUGAGUAGUGCGGUCAACAAUGCCCUAUAAAGGACGUGGUAUCCUCCCCUAGUUCGCGGUCUAUCGUCCGAUUAUUAAUUGAUCCAUGACUUAAGCUGUAUUUUAACCGACAUAAGUAAUGAAGAGGUGCCUGCACAUCUCAGCAUUUCUCGUGUGUUGAAAAGGCUCUCUCAUCUAAACCUUGUACAGUGACCACAAAAUGGCCCAUGAGACAGCUUGGAGAAAGUUUUACAUCUUCCUGGUUUUUCUCGUAAACUGCCGAAACGUUCAUUCGAAGAGACAAGGUUCGGUUUCAGUCACGUCAUUAGGAUGUUACCAAGAUGGUGUGAACUACCAAAGUCAAAGGAUAUUCCCCAUUCUGUUUUUAAGAGUUAAACCUGCAAGGUGGUGGUCUGAUAGUAACCAUAUCAUACAAUCAUGUGCCUCUGCGGCUGCCGCCCGAGGAUAUCGGAUAUUUUCUAUUCAGGAUUUCGCAGAAUGUCGCUGGGGUCCAAGCGCUGAAAGAGAUUAUGGCAAAUAUGGCCGUGGCUGGUACUGUUACAGAGGACUGGGAUGGAUGGGAUCUGGCAGCGUGUACAGGGUUCAAAGUUCAUCCCCAGUAAAUGGAAAAUGGGCGAGCUGGUCUCGUUGGAGCUCAUGUAGCGCCAGUUGUAAUGGUGGAACUCGAACUCGUCGACGCAGCUGUACCAAUCCUCUACCAGCCAAUGGCGGUGCAAGGUGUUCUGGAUCCAACUCACAGACGCAGUUUUGCAACAGCAACCGCUGCCAUAGUAGAGUUGUUCAUGGUAGGUGGUCAGCAUGGCGGCCAUGGAGCACAUGCUCUCGAAGCUGUGGCAGAGGAUCACAAAUCAGGACCAGAACAUGCACCAACCCCGCUCCAAGAAAUGGUGGCAAUAACUGCCGAGGAUCAAACACUCAAAGAAGGAGAUGCAACUCAAAGAGAUGCCCCGUUGUUCAUGGUAGGUGGUCAGCAUGGCAGCCGUGGAGCACAUGCUCUCGAAGCUGUGGUAGAGGAACACAAAUCAGGACCAGAACAUGCACCAACCCUGCUCCAAGAAAUGGUGGCAAUAACUGCCGAGGAUCAAGCACUCAAAGAAGGAGAUGCAACUCAAAGAGAUGUCCUGUUAAUGGAGGCUGGUCACGCUGGCGACGGUGGAGCUCCUGCUCCAGAAGUUGUGGGGGUGGAUCACAGCGAACAGUUAGGACAUGUACCAACCCCCCUCCAAGAAAUGGAGGGUCCACAUGUCCAGGAAGGAGCAUUUUAGUCCGUUCAUGCAAUACCAACCGCUGUCCAGGUUGUGUGGAAAGGACCAUAGUAACCGAUAGAUGUGGCCAGCGGUGUAUGUGUUCACGUGGUCGCUUUAUCCAGUGCACUCGUGUGAGACGGGAAUUUACAGCCAUGUCAAGAGCAGACCGUGAAAAAUACGUCAGAAUUGUUCGCACUGUGUCAACAGACCCCAGAUACAAACCAGAAUAUGACAGAGUAAUAACCCAACAUAGAACAAUAUUCAAUGAUGGGAUUCACCAGCGAGAUUUGUUCUUACCAUGGCAUAGAUGGUACAUGCUGCAAUAUGAGAACCUUCUUCGACGCGUAGACUGUACAGUGACAGUACCUUACUGGGACUGGAGCCAGGUAUCACGUUCUCCAUGGCGCGGUAGAGCGUCUGAUUUGUGGUUCUCAGGAAAUAGUGGUUUUGGUGGGAAUGGAGAACAAACACCUCAACAGUGUGUGACAAGUGGUCCGUUUAGGCGAGGAGUUUGGAAUGUUGUGCCAUCAGCCGGGGGUGGCUGUCUCCGUCGCCAGUUUAAUCUAAGUGACAAUACCCCUGAUUCCGCUGCAGUCGCAGAGGUGUUAAGGAUUCCUCAUUCGGAAUUUGAUUCCUUCGAGAUUGCGCUGCGAAUAAAUCUUCAUGACACUGUACACUGCUUAAUUGGAGGCACCAUGUGUUCAUUCGACUCGGCUGCUGCCCCUGAAUUUAUGCUGCACCAUGGUUUUAUAGAUAAGAUAUGGGCAGACUGGCAAAGAAGGAGUAGAAAUCACAUGAAUGCUCAUUUUCCCUCCGUCACUACACCCAUGCCCGGCACAAACCAGCUCCGUACAACAGCAGUUUUGAAUAACUUAAGAUUACCGGGAGGGGUACGAGUGCAGUUCCAGAAUCCACCGAGACCGCAUAUAAGAAACCGUUUUGGAGCCUUGACUACAAAUUCGCUUGGCCAAGCUUCACGAGGGAAGUUUUCUGUCCUUAGUGAAAAAGCUAUGAUGCUGUUCAACGUCUCCAAAACAGAGGAGGAGAAGGCAAGACGACUAGGAAUUUGGUUGCUGCCUACACACCAACGAGCUGGAAAGAGAAACUCCAUGGACACCUCAAUAGAUUUUGGGUUUGAUCCUUAGUCAUUAAUUUGCAACGAUAUCUCGCUAGCUUUAUCAAAAUCUACUUUUAUCUCCACUGUCAAUCAUCCUUGCGCUCUUUAAAUCCUCAAAGAGAAGUACAGCCAACUGAUGUUAAGUAUGUGUUUGAAAUUGUGGCAUAUUGUCUCAUUUUGUUAGUUGCUGACUUCUUUGAAUCAAUGCAGAUAAACUUUGCGCUUAACCAUUAAAAUCCCUAAGUUUAACUUUUUUUUAAUAUGGUCUAUUUAGAAAGGUGCUGGCAUAGGAGGAUUCGACCUUUGACCUUUGACCUCCAAGAUCCAGAUCUUCACUCAAUUCUCAGCUCUAUCUGUCAACGUUCUCUUUCAUUUAGGACUUAGGGUUUGACGUUUCGUAAAACA